GGAUGUUAAGGGAAGCUCAAUGUCUCUCUGGACCCGUCUUGUUUGUAAAUCCUGAUAUUUCUGAGAAAUGCACUUAUGCGCACGACGCCACAGAUAGACUACAGUGGACUGCGGCUCUCACCCUCUCACCAUGACUCGCUUAAACUCUUUAUUUGCCCUCAUCUUCAUCAGCAGGAUUCUGGAGAACUCUCUGCUCAGUGCGGAGGUGAAAGAAGGAGAGAUUCUUCCUCCAACCAUUCAGAAGCUGAUGAAGGGAUACAACAAAUACCUCAGGCCAUUCUUUGACAAUGGUCCUGUUACAGUAGGCAUGAGUCUUGACAUAGCCAGCAUUGAUACGAUAUCAGAAAUCAACAUGGACUACACAGCAACAAUCUUUCUGCGGCAGCGUUGGACAGAUGAGAGGCUGGUGUUUGAAGGCAAUAAGAGUUUGAGCCUGGAUGGGCGACUCGUUGAACUGCUGUGGGUUCCAGACACCUUCAUUGUGGACUCUAAGAAGUCCUUCCUCCAUGACAUAACAGUAGAGAACCGACUGAUCCGGAUCUUUCCCAACGGAACGGUUCUGUAUGCACUCCGGAUCACAACUACCGUUGCCUGUAACAUGGAUCUCACCAAAUACCCCAUGGACAAACAGACGUGCACAUUGCAACUUGAGAGCUGGGGUUAUAACAUCAAUGACGUGAUGUUUUACUGGGCACGUGGGAAUGAGUCUGUGAGUGGGUUGGACACACUUCGACUGGCCCAGUACACCGUAGAAGACCACUACACUUCUGUUUCUGAAGCCGUCUAUGAGACAGGAAAUUAUCCUAAGCUGAUUUUCCAUUUCGAGUUGAAGAGAAGCAUCCUGUACUUCAUCCUGGAAACUUACGUGCCCUCCAGUCUGCUGGUUGUUCUGUCCUGGGUCUCUUUCUGGAUCAGCCAAUCAUCAGUUCCUGCACGCAUUUGCAUAGGUGUGACGACUGUCCUGACUAUGACCACACUGAUGAUGGGUGCCAGGACGUCUCUGCCCAAUGCCAACUGCUUCAUUAAAGCCAUAGACGUGUAUCUAGGCAUCUGCUUUAGUUUUAUUUUUGGAGCACUAAUCGAGUAUGCAGUGGCCCACUUCUGCACUCUACACCAUCCUGACUGCAAUCACGCACUGAUGUAUGGUCAGCACAUGCACAAUUGUGAGGAGGAAAUGAACGGAAUCGUCACCACCAUCGCCAGCCAAUCGUCACGGGUAAAGAGGCGUAAAGACCCUCCAGCCCCAACAACCACACCGACCACCGCUGGAGAGCCUGGUCUCGUGCCCUCCAGCCCGAAUGCCAGCGAGGACAACACACACGAGGUCAAAGAGGAGACAUUUAACCGCUGUGCAAAAAACAUUUCCAUCUUAUGGAAGAUUCUGAGAUCUGCCAACUGCUGUCACGUGGAAAAUCCACAUUACAUAGACAACUACUCACGGUUAACCUUCCCGCUCUCAUUCAUCUUUGUUAACCUGCUCUACUGGACUUACUACCUGUACUUUUAA